CACCCAAAGUGCACCCAACCAGAUAAYACGGYAGAUCGGCAGUUCGCUGGAAUAUUCUUCCAGUCGCAGGUCGAAGUUGUCCCAUCGCUUAUUUUGAUUGAAAGGGUCUACUUGCCGUUAUCCAAACUCAAAGGGCCAAGGAGACAAACUUGCAAUGGCGACUUCGUUCGCAGUAUCACCGCAUUCUUUGUCGUCACCGGCACCAGGAAYGACAACGAUGGAGGGCGACGAUGAAACAAAAGACCUGGAUACUCCGAAGACCAUGAUGACUUCAGAUUCCUCUUCGUGCGACGCACACUACCUUGAGACGCCUCCUCCGAUGCAUGGAAGGUUAGGGAGGAUCAUUCUUUCGUCGGGCGCAUACCCAACCWYCUCGGAUGGAUCCACAGCAACCAGUUGUUGCAGCGAACACAUCGAAACAGGCUGCCCCGAUGGGAGUCCACCAAAUUCGCAACUGCACCGGAGCAUACGACGCGCUGGGAAUCAUUCUCAACUGCAACGCGUUUCCACAYCAUUGUUCUCUCAAGAGAUAGAUGAAAACGAUGAGUCCUUGGAGAUGCUUUUAAAUGCACUGAACAAAUUGAAUCGGUUGGCUACCUUGGAUUCUGCUGAGUACCAGCAACGCUUGCUGGAAAAUUCGCUACCAUCUUUGGAAGGCGAGAAGUCGAAUUCCAUAUAUUGCCCUUCCCUWUCCCAGGGCAACACGCGGACGCAAAUAAGGCUGCCAUCGCAACCCAUUCUGACACCUCUCGUUCAAUUGUMGAUGUCGAUUCAUCGCUUGCACGCUGUUAUUGCCAAUGUCACUCGAGAAAUCGAUGGGCACACCGAUGAGGURAAGGAACUUCAGUCGCARCUCGAAGUUUUGAAGAAACGCAAUCGAAAACUAGAGAGUGYGACAAAAAUUGUUCACAAAAGAAACCUAAAACUCAAGAAACAGUCCCARCACGAUCGUAAGGUGGCAAAGCUGCUUCAGCACAAGGUGCACAAGUACGAAGCCCAGAUCGAGUCUCAAGACUUUGARCUGAUGGCGAGCAAAGUUUAUCAACACGAAAUUCAACUGCAACUCACCAAAAGUCAGAAAAACAACGCUACGGGAUGCAGUGGUAUCAGCGACGACCACUUAACACGAGAACGCCUUGACUCGAACAUGAGUGACUUUUUCGAUGUCGAGAAGGAAAUCGAAGGCGUGGCAUUAGCUAGCGUUCAAUCCGAUSUAUCAGAAACCACAGCAGAAAAUAUUGAAAAGGAAAGUAGCGACAUCAUAGCAGAUACAUCUCGCAGUGCCGCUAUUUCGAAGACGAAUGCAAUGUCUGAUUAUUCUUCAUCAGCAUUACGUUUCUCUGCUGAUCGAAGCGUCGUAACCAAGAAAAGCACCAAUAGCUCAAACAAAGAAGCUUCCUCUCCCCAAAGCAUACGACAUCCCCCUAGCACGCCCGAGACGGGUGACCGKAAAUCUUCACUUGAUGCAGUAGACAAGCUUGACAAGAAUUCGUCAAAAGAUGCCAAGACUCCAAAGGCUGAAAACAAAGGGGCCAUGUUAUCAAACCGCUUUUCAAUGUUUUUGGGACAGCGAUCCAUUCCCAAYUAYAACCUGAAAAUGACCCCGCCGUGUAAUCUGCAGUUUGUCGAGUUAGAAGUCAAAUCAAUCUAUCAGGAAAACGAAGAAGGGGGUAAACAGUCGCAAGUACCUGAAAGCCAAGGCUUAGUAGAAGACCAUGGCAUCUUGCAGACACAUGAUGAUUCGUCGCAGUCUUUGACUCGAGAUAACGCUACGUCUCAGAAGAAGGACACUAUUUUUGCUGUUUGUGGUUUUGAAGGCUUCAACACUGAAAUCAAUAUGAAACCAACUUUGGGAGCACGAUUGGCUAAGAUUAACGGCCGAACAAUCGACAGGGAUUGGACAUUAGAAAAACUCUAUAGGGAUUUGGAGGGAAUCAGUAACAAUACGAAAGGGGGCAAGACAAAACCAAUAGUGCUAACUUUUCGAAAUGAAAUAUGGGACAAGGAACAAGCUAAUAGACUAAGCACAGCUAUUCGACAAGGCAUCACGGAAGCUGCAGGUACCAUCCCACAAAAAAAUCCAGCGGGAACCCAGCAUCAUCGGYGUUUGUCAAACACGAAGAGUAGUAAUGAGAGGGAUGGCAGCUACAAGAGCAAUGCGAGUGAACACUUCCAGCGUGCACGAACUGCCAGUGCCGACAGCGUUGGGAAAGCCAUAAAUGGGUUUGGAAGUUUUCUCCAGAAUUUUGGUCAAAUAGAGAGCGGGUGCUGAAGUAGAGACGAGUGUGGUUGUCACGCAAUUUCGUCUAAUCAUCAUCUAGAAUAGCAAACGUUAUGCAUUGCAACGCAGUGAAGAAAUAUAAUGCAGUUCAUGAU